AUGGAUUUGAUGUCUCGUAAAAAGGAAAAAUCGAAAUACCUCAAGUCUACGCGGUAUAUUUUGGUCAAUGAAUUUUGUGAACGAUUUACCUAUUUGGGAUUGAAAACUGUUUUAAUUUUGUACCUGACAAGUAUAUUGAAGUUCAACGGAGACGAGUCGACAAUAAUAUAUCACAGUUUCAUAUUUCUAUCGUACUUCGUGCCAUUGCCGUGUGCGAUCUUGGGAGACUCUUAUUGGGGAAAAUUCAAAACAAUUAUAUGUUUGUCGUCAAUCUACGUAGUGGGAUGCAUCGUACUCACUGGCGCAUCGAUUGCAAAUAUGUUCAGCCUGGACGUUCAAAAAAUCUUAGCUUUCCUUGGAUUAUUUUCCAUAUCCGUUGGUACGGGUGGCAUAAAACCGUGCAAUUUUGCUUUUGGUGGAGAUCAAUUUAAAUUGCCUCAAGAAGAAAAACAUUUACAUCACUUCGCUACCAUGUUUACGUUAGCCGUAUACACUGGAUCGUUGAUCGCGACGUUUUUGAUGCCCGAAUUAAGACACAGCAUACAUUGUUUUGGCAGAGACACGUGUUUUCCAUUAGCUUUCGGUGUGCCAACCAUUAUGAUGUUCAUUGGCAUAGUGAUAUUCGUAGCUGGAAAAAACACGUACGUGAAGAAAAAACCGGAAAAUAACGUCUUAACAAGGACUUUUGGUUGCAUUUUUUAUGCACUACGAGCGAAAUUUACUUCCUCUGUUCCCUGCAAAACCCACUGGUUGGAUAACGCAAAAGGAAAGUACACCGAAUCGGAGAUAUCUGACACAAGGUCGGUCCUGAGCGUGAUAUGCGUAUUCACUGCAUAUCCGGUAUUUUGGUCGCUGUACGAACAACCGGGUUCAAGGUGGACGUUACAAGCCAUGUUGAUGAACGGUCACGUGGACUUCUUAAACUGGACAAUCAAACCAGAUCAAAUCCAGAUGCUAGUACCAUUAUUUGGAGUAAUUGUACUCGUCCUUUUUGACGUCGUUCUGUAUCCGAUGUUUGCAGCGAUAGGACUCCGGAAACCAUUACAAAAGCUCACCUUUUGCGGUGUCCUGGCGGCCAUAGCAUUUGUGUUCGCGGCCGUACUUCAGUUUAAAAUAGUUGGUAACACAACUCAGAUACCAUCUGGACAAGGGCAGCUAUACAUUUACAAUGGAUUCGAUUGCCAAGUGUUCAUAGAGUCGAAAUCGUUACAACUACAGAAUCAAAUCGGCCCACUCGAAAUGUUCAACGUCAGUCAUGCAGUUGUGUCUCAAAAUUUGUCAGAAGACGUCAUGGUCGUCGGGAUUACAUUACGUUUCGGAUCAAAGUGCAAUUUUGUGUUAGACAACUACGAAUUCACUACCAAUGUAACAAUAAUCGAAGGAAAAGAGAUUUCGUAUCACUUGGCCCGGCUAAAUUCAAACACAAUUGCAUUAAAUCGUAUUGGUAUUCAUGACAGUUUAGUCAAAGAAAAGUUUGGAAACCCAAAUUUAAGAGUUUUGGUCGAUCAUACGUUCGAUUUUGACGAUAACAUUACACUGACUUGUGCAGAUCACAACUCGUUUACUUCGUACUCUCUGUCUGAGUUUCGAGGGAUGAACUUUACUGCCAUAAAAGUCGGAAAAUAUAAUGUAUUCUACAAUGGAAAAAUGUUGCCCACUCCAACUAUGGACAUAAUACCAGCGACAUUUUAUACACUUACUUUACAACGAAAUGGCGAUAAAAUGGAUGUACGAUUAUUUACCAAAGACGAAGGAAACUAUAUUCACAUUUUGUGGCAGCUUCCGCAAUAUUUAUGCAUGAGUAUAGCCGACAUCAUUUUCAUGGUCACCAUAAUAAAAUUCGCAUUUACUGAGGCCCCAAAAAGCAUGAAGUCGUCCAUAGCCGCUAUUAGUGUAUCGACAAUGGCACUUGGAAAUUUGUUGGUCGUUAUCAUUUCAACAAUAUCAUUUAAAAAUCAAGCACACGAAUUUCUGAUUUACUCUGGUCUUAUGCUUGCGGACACGUUAUUAUUAGGUUACUUCAGUGUGGUUUAUCGGAGUAAAAAUACCGAUAAAACUGACGCAAUGACAUCGAACGAACACAAAAUGGAAGAAACUACUGUUGUCAAGUGA